GGCCAGGCGCUGGGCACCGGCCCCCGCUGGCGGGGAGGCGGCGGCAGGGAGGGGGAGCGCGGAGCCCCCCCCGCCCCCGUCCUCGCCCGAGCCCCUGCGAGGCGCCGCCGGCAUCGCGAAGGGGGCGGCCGGCUCUGCCCCACGGAGGGAGGAUGCCCGUGCUCCGCAAGGCGCUGCGGGUCUCCAAUCGCUCCAUGCUCGCCUUCAUCUUCUUCUUCUCCUUCUCCUCCUCCUGCCUCUACUUCAUCUAUGUGGCCCCCGGCAUAGCAAACACGUAUCUCUUUAUGGUGCAAGCUCGUGGUAUCAUGUUGAGAGAAAAUGUAAAAACAAUAGGACACAUGAUCAGAUUGUACACUAACAAAAACACUACAUUGAAUGGAACAGAUUAUCCUGAAGGAAACAAUUCUAGUGACUGUGUCGCUCAAACAACAAUGUAUCUUCCAGAAAACUUCACUUACUCUCCUUACCAGGCUUGUCCAGAGAAGCUGCCUUACAUGAGAGGCCUUAUUGACGUCAAUAUGAGUGAAAUUAGUUUUGAUGAAAUUCAGCAGCUAUUUUCAAAAGACUUAGACAUUAAACCAGGAGGACACUGGAAACCAAAAGACUGUAAGCCACGAUGGAAGGUGGCAAUCCUCAUUCCUUUUCGGAAUCGCCAUGAGCAUCUUCCAAUUUUUUUCCGGCAUCUGAUACCUAUGUUGCAGAAGCAGCGGCUGGAAUUUGCCUUCUAUGUUGUUGAACAGACAGGUACACAACCUUUUAAUCGUGCAAUGCUCUUUAAUGUUGGCUUCAAGGAGGCUAUGAAGGAUGUUGUCUGGGACUGCAUUAUAUUUCAUGAUGUGGAUCACUUACCUGAAAAUGACCGUAAUUAUUAUGGGUGUGGAGAAAUGCCACGUCAUUUUGCAGCAAAGCUGGACAAAUACAUGUACAUUCUUCCAUACAAUGAGUUCUUUGGUGGGGUAAGUGGACUGACAGUGGAGCAAUUCAAGAAGAUCAAUGGAUUUCCUAAUGCCUUUUGGGGAUGGGGUGGAGAAGAUGAUGAUCUUUGGAACAGGGUUCAUUAUGCUGGAUACAACGUAACAAGACCAGAGGGAGAUUUAGGGAAGUACAAAUCCAUUCCUCAUCAUCACAGAGGUGAAGUCCAGUUUUUAGGACGAUAUAAACUUCUGAGGUAUUCCAGAGAACGUCAGUAUAUUGAUGGGUUGAACAAUUUAAUAUAUACUCCUAAAAUACUUGUCAGUAGAUUGUAUAAAAAUAUAACUGUUAAUCUCAUACCAGAACUCGCUCCUGUUAGAGACUAUUGAUGGAAAUGGAAUGACAAAGCAACCCUACUGGAGCAAACUUUUAACACUGGAAGAUACUAAUAGACAGUAUAGACACUGUAAAACAAAACGAAACAAAAACAAGAACAAUAAAAAAACUCUCACAAUAAACAGCAGCUUAGAAUUAGGGAUUUUGACCAUUGGAUGAUAUGAUGCAUAUUUGGGAUGAGAAAUAAAAUUAUUGUAUGCACCAUGCAUUUUGUUCUGAAAGAAAAGCCAGCAGCUACUACUCAGAUGUUUACAGCAUGAGACAACUGUUCAAGCCUUCUUCCUUCAUAUUCUCUAUAAUAAC